CUCUUGUCGUGUUCUGUGAUCAAUGCUUGUGACAUUUAAAACAAUGUCAUAUGUCAGUUAUUAUGAUUUUGAUUUUAUGAUUACUUUUACUUGUUUGUUCUUGUUUGGUGGAGAUGGUCUUGUGAUUUUACUUUGAGAAGUAUGUAGCCGUAAUAGUUGUGACCUUUGAUGAUAGUUUAUCGAAAAUGUCCACUUUAAUGUGGUCGUGCCCGUGUUGUUUGCAUUUCAAGUUCAGUCCCGAGGAAAUAGAGCAACGCCACAAGAGCCAGGAAAUCGACAAGAUGAUCGAGAAAGACAAACAGGCCAUGAAAAGACAAGUGAAGGUGCUCUUGCUUGGAGCUGGCGAGAGCGGAAAAUCCACUUUCCUCAAGCAGAUGAGGAUAAUUCACGGGAUAAAGUUCGAGAGUCACCUCAUCAAGGAGUACCAACAAGUGAUCUAUCAGAAUCUAGUGAAGGGGAUGCGGGUGUUGGCGGAUGCCAGAGACAAACUGGGUAUUCCUUGGGGCGAUAAUAACAAUGGGGAAUCGGGAAGGGAGUUGCUUCUGUUUGACAACAGUUUGUUGCUGGAUUCCAGGACUUUUAGCCAGUUUACACCUUUGCUGAGUAGGCUGUGGAAGGACUCUGGCAUUAAGAGGGCAUUUGAGAGGCGAAGAGAGUUUCAACUGAGCGACUCUGUAGAAUAUUUUCUGAACAACCUAGACAGAAUAUCGAAACCCGACUACAUACCCACCAACAAGGACAUCCUGCACUGUCGAAAGGCCACCAAAGGCAUCACGGAAUUCGUCAUCCACAUCAACAACAUCCCUUUCCUGUUCGUCGACGUCGGUGGCCAAAGGUCUCAGAGACAAAAAUGGUUCCAGUGCUUCGAUUCGGUCACCUCAAUAGUCUUCUUGGUGUCCUCAUCCGAAUUCGACCAGGUGUUGGCGGAAGAUAGGAAAACUAACAGGCUGGAAGAAUCCAGGGACAUCUUCGAUACGAUCGUGAACAACGUCAUAUUCGGCGGGGUGUCCAUCAUACUGUUCCUCAACAAGUAUGAUUUGCUGGUGAGGAAGGUAGCCAAUCCGGAGACCGACAUUCGCUGGUACUUUCCGCAGUUCAGCGGCAAUUCGCACGCGACGCACGAGGUGCAAUCCUUCAUUUUGGCCAUGUUCACUGGGGUGAAAAGGGACCAAAAGAAGCCUUUGUACCACCACUUUACCACCGCCGUGGAUACGGAGAACAUCAAGGUGGUCUUCAAUUCGGUCAAAGAUACCAUAUUGCAUCGUAAUUUGGAGAUACUGAUGUUGCAGUGAAGUAAAGGAGUCUCAAAGAUAGCCAGUGCGUCUACUGAAGAAGACAACUCUUGGCUGAAAAUAGGUAAUUUAGUGGGUCACUGAAUGGUUAUGUGCUUCGCGAACAUUCUCGAAUCUUCGUCAUCUGCAUUGACUAUUUAUGUUUCGAUUUUGUCAAUUGGCUGUGGUUACGCGCAAAAUAUUGUUUAUCAAAGACUGACUUAGUCUUAAUUCCUCGCUUUCGAAGGGUUCACAACUACAAGUACAGGGUAUCCCACAUAACAUGGGCCAUCCCCUUAUCUUGUAAACUAGAAUAGAUACAAAAACAAUUGAGAAUCCAAGUUGUUCAUACAUAGUCUUAGCAAGUGUCUUUUUUAGAUAAUGUCAACUAUACAGGAUGAUCCAUUGAUCCAUAUGCCUGUGACAUACCAAACAUACGAUUCAAAUAGAAUAUCCUGAAU